AAUCUCCCCCCCCCCCCCCCCCUCUCUCUCUCUGUCCUCCAUGGCCCCCAUGUCCCAAGCUUGGGCCUUCUCCUUCCUCCUCCUCCUUGCUCUCUUCUCCUCGUUCCUCAUCUGCAGCAGCAAUGGAGAGAGAGUCUUCCUCUACCCACAGUCUCCAAAGGUCUCCUCUAUUGUCAGCAAGAGGUACAGGACUGCCUACCACUUCCAGCCUCCCAAGAACUGGAUCAAUGAUCCAAAUGGACCAAUGUACUACAAUGGCUUCUACCAUGAAUUCUACCAGUAUAACCCCAACGGCUCCCUCUGGGGUAACAUAGUUUGGGGCCAUUCGGUUUCAACAGACCUCGUCAACUGGAUCCGGCUUGAAGCGGCAAUAGAACGGGAUACCCCGAGCGACAUAAAUGGUUGCUGGACCGGUUCAGCCACAAUUCUCACCGGUGGUCAACUGGUCAUCAUAUACACUGGUGCUGACACGGAGAAGCGUCAGGUACAAAACAUUGUUCUCCCAAAAAACCAGUCUGACCCAUACCUGAGGGAAUGGAUCAAAGUGGGAGAUAACCCGGUGAUCGAACCGGUUGGACCGGGGUUGAACUCGAGUCAGUUCAGGGAUCCGACAACCGGUUGGAUUGGACCGGAUGGACUAUGGAGGAUAGCAGUUGGUGCUGAGCUGAAUGGCUACAGUGCCGCACUUUUGUACAAGAGUAAAGACUUUCUGACUUGGACUAGAGUUGACCACCCACUAUAUUCAUCCAAAACCUUCUCUAUGUGGGAGUGCCCGGAUUUCUUCGCGGUAUUGCCUGGCAAUAAGAGUGGAUUGGACCUGUCCGCAGCGAUACCGAAUGGCGCGAAGCACGUCCUUAAGAUGAGCCUGGAUUCCUGUGACAAGUACAUGAUUGGAGUUUAUGAUCUCAAACUUGAUACCUUUGUGCCAGAUACUGUCCUAGAGGACCGACGGCUUUGGUUGAGAAUCGAUUAUGGCAAUUACUAUGCUUCGAAGUCGUUCUUCGACUCAAAAAAGGGCAGGAGGAUUAUAUGGGGUUGGACUAACGAAACAGACAGUUCUUCAGAUGAUGUUGCAAAAGGUUGGGCUGGAAUCCAUGCAAUUCCCAGGACAAUUUGGUUAGGUGGCGAUGGCAAGCAGUUGCUGCAGUGGCCAGUUCAAGAGAUCGAGUCGCUCCAUACAGGAGAAAUCAGCCAUCAAGGAAUAGAGCUGAAGAAGGGAGAUCUAUUUGAGAUUAAGGGAACUGAUACUUUGCAGGCUGAUGUGGAGAUAGAUUUUGAGCUGACAUCUAACAAUAACACCGAUCCUUUUGACCCUUCCUGGCUUUUGGACACGGAGAAGCAUUGCCGGGAAGCCGACGCAUCGGUUCAUGGCGGCGUAGGGCCGUUUGGACUUGUUGUACUGGCCUCUGACAACAUGGAGGAGCACACUACUGUGCACUUCAGAGUUUACAAAUCACAGCACAAGUACAUGAUCCUCAUGUGCUCUGAUCUCAGAAGGUCUUCCCUGAGACCAGGACUGUACACACCAGCCUAUGGAGGCUUCUUUGAAUUUGAUCUUGAAAAGGAAAAGAAGAUAUCUCUGAGAACUCUGAUUGAUCGGUCGGCGGUAGAGAGCUUCGGUGGUGGCGGCAGGGUCUGCAUCAUGGCCAGGGUCUACCCGGUAGCGCUGGUCGAUGACGGCGGGGCCCGCAUGUAUGCCUUCAACAACGGCAGCAGUACGGUCAGGGUGCCACAGCUCAGGGCAUGGAGCAUGACAAGAGCACAAGUGAAUGUGAACAAGGUGUAAAGUGGUGAUUACCACGGCAGAGCAAAUGCUAAUUGACCUGUGAUUGGAGGACUGGGUUAAUUACUUGAUGAUUCCACUUUCUUGAUUUUCUUUUUUUUUACUUAGCUUUCAUUCAUGAGCAAUGCAAGGUAGAAAUAAAAAGAAAUUCAAUAAAAAGAAGUUAGCUGCCCAUUGCCUUGAUCUCUGGUACUUGGUAGAAAGGGAAAUCUAAUUUAUUUAUUAUUGUAAAGCAGGGAGAAUUGCUGUCAUCAUGUCAUGUUGAAGUAGUGCUGAUGGACAUUUAUGUGCUGCUUUGAUUCAUCUCA